AUGGCUUCUACUAACCCUUCCGCUCCAACCCAACCCCAAUCCCAAUCCCAGAACCAGCAGCAGCAACAACAACCCUACCGCGACAUCGCCGCCACGCAAAUCCGCUCUCUCUCCGCCAUCAACGCGCGCAUCCCCUCCAUCCUCACCACCUCCGCAACCACCAUCUCCCAGCUCACCAACGCGCCCAUCCACCCGCCGUCCAUGGACCUCUCGCCCACCGCACCCGACACCCCCGCCCUGCGCCGCGCCGCCCUCUCCACCUCCUCCAACGCCUUCUUCUCGCUCGUCCUCGAGCUGCGCACCGCGCUGCACGCCCAGAUCAACGAGCUGGAAGAGCAGGGCGUCAUUCCCGCGGAGGCGGUACGCUAUUUUGCGCCGGUGCAGCAGCAAGGGCCGCCUGGGCAGACACAGCAGCAGGCCGAGCAUAGGGAUAGCGAGGCGACGGUUACGAAUGGCGGGCUGGGCGAUUUCGAUGUCGGCGUGCUGAACGCGCGGGCUGGAGUGCGGCAGAGGGAUGGGGAGGAGGUGCUUGGGAGAGUCAAGAAGGUGUUGGAGGAAUUGGUCAGGCAGAGUGAGGAAGUGGAGGUCAAAGAGGAGGAGAUGUCGGUUGAUGGGUGA